CGUGGGGCGGGUCGUUGUACGCGAGCAGUCGGCUGGGCGGGGCAGAUAAGAAUGGGUGCGGGAAGACAUCGCACUCUUCCCCCCGCUAUCCGUCUCCUUCCUUGUCUCACCCUCGACGAUGCACGGGAUUCUGUGCUCGCCGUGUCGUCUAUGUCGGCCGCUGUGCUGCACGUCCUCGCCGUCUCGUUUCGACACGAGCCGCCGCACGAUGCGGGUGUGAUACGGUACGUGUGCGCACUCGUCUUGUUUCGCCUCUGACAGUCGUCGCAGCAGGCCUGGUGCACUCGUACACACCGGCUGUGCACACCACGCGCACACCACCCACGGCGAGAUUCGUCGCGACUCCGCGUGGCUGGUCUGAUUCUCGCGUCAUGCACGCAGGGACAGGUGCAAUAUCGGAACACGCAGCCCAGAGCGACUUGCUCGUCUCGCGGUGAGUCCGCGUGUGCUCGUAUCGCCUUUGCAUGUCUCUGACGCAGCGAGUGUUCAGUAAUGAGAUGG